ACGUUAGCUGAUAUUGUUCAUUGUCUCCAACAGUCUGUGAGAUGCUUGAGUCAUGUCUAGCAGUAAGGAGCAGGCCUCCAUCAGUCAGGUGAUGUGUUUCCUCCACGAGUGGGAUCAGGGCAGUAAGACGGUGCGCAGUCGAAUGCUAAAUGACUUUCUGGCCAAGAACACUGGAAAGACGUGUCCUGAACUGGAGCUUGAGUUCGCACAAGUUGCCAGCCUGUUCCUUGCUCGGCUCACUGCCUGGAUAAGACUAACCUAUAUGUUUGGAACGUGUCUAGACAUUCAGCUGAGAGCAGUGGGGGUUUUCCUGUCUGCUAACAGCAGUCAUCAGUAUAUGAUUGAGUUUCUGGAGGUGGGUGGAGUGCUUACCCUGCUUGAGAUUCUAGGACAAGACAAACUCAAGGAAGGGGAUAAAACCGAGGCUCUUCGCCUGCUCCAGAUCAUCGCCAACGCAGGCCAAAAAUAUAAAGAGCUAAUCUGUGAAAGCUACGGUGUGAAGGCCGUAGCUGAAUGUUUGGCCAAAUCUGAGACAGAGGGGACUCAGGAGUCCGCCGCCGUCCUGCUAGAAUCUUUGGCUUAUGGAAACCCCAAAUACCAGAAUCAGGUGUACAAGGGCCUGAUCGCCCUGCUGACCUGCACCUCACCAAGAGCACAGCAGCUUGUUUUACAGAUCCUCCGUAUAGUUCAGCCCAUUGUAAAAACAGCCCAUCACAGCAUAGUGGAACCCUUAUUAAAUCUGCUGAGGUCCCUACAUUUAGAAGUGCAAUAUGAAGCAAUAGAACUGAUAACAGAGCUCAUGCAAUCAGAGGUUAGACUGGCUCUGCUCAGGGGUCUGGUGGCUUUUCUCAAACCAACUAAAGAGAGAAAUCCCAAACACAAGAUCCUGGAGGAUCCAGAGGUGGCCAAAAUGACGGAUUCACUCCCUGUGCUUCUCCAGCAAGCAGCUUCUGCAAAAACCAUCAGGAUUCUGGCACAGACAAGUGAAGAGAUGUCCAAAGAGCUGCUCUCUCUCAGAGUUAUCCAUCACUUACUGUACGCAAUGGGGAACCAGGAACAUGCAGAUUCCCAGAGACAAGCCAGCCUGGCUUUGGAGCAUUUUGUGCGCAUGUAUCCAGUGGUGGAAGAGCAUGUAUGCAGAGCAAUGGGCACCAGACUGUUUCAGUCUUUUAUGCACAAUGCUGAUGUCCUACAUUUGAACAUGGAUGACAUUCAAGCUGACAUUUUACGCUCAAAUAAAGUGAACAUUUCAUGUGUGCUUGAGGAACAGAAUUCAGAUUCUUGAACACUGCGUAAAACAACCUUUUUUUCCUUGUUGUUGAUGGUGUUUUUAUACAUAAAAUAAUAAGGGAUUACAAAUAACAGUCUUCUAUAGCAUAUUACUUUGGUUCAAUUUAAUAUGUGUGCACUAGAAAACUCAAGAAUUACAUUAUAAAAUAGAUGGUAAUGUCUAUGACAUGUAAGAAUUAUAACAAAGUAUGCUAACUUUAGCUAAUAGCUAAAUUUAGCUAUAACUCGAACGGAAUGAGACAUUUUUGCCAAACUUGGUACACAUCUGUUUGAGUUCAUUAAUAUGAAAAAACUAAAAAUGGCUAUAACUACACUACCGUUAUUCUGACUAACUUGAAAAGUGGUAUGCAGUGUCUUUGUCAAAGGUGCCACGAAAGUCUAUGAGGACAUUUGUGUAUCUUAAAAUUGAUUGGCCAUUGGGAUCCAUGUUUUUUUAAGCACCUAUUAGACAAGGUUAUCGGAGGCCAAUCGGAAUUAAACUUGGCAGGCCUAUUUGUCUUAUGGCCAUAGAGGUCUGUGGGAAAUUUGAAAGUAAUCGGUCAGCAGGUGUUAUUAACGAGAUUUGCGCCUAUUACAAUCACGUGGCAUUUCACAUAUAUGCACAAUGUUAGUGUCAUAUAAUGAAUCUCCUUAUUCUGAACAACUUUGCCUCAAGAACCACUGCUGUCAAUCAAAUCGUUAGUUAAUUAUUCAAGAUUAAAAAAAUAAACUUGUGAACUAGUCCUAAGUUUUUCGCUCAACCUCAACAAAACCACUGCAGUACAUUUCUUUGGGCUCUCUAGGUCAAUAAUUAUCCAAAAAAAAAAAAGUUGAACUUUUGAAUUUGGACAGCUAUAACAGGGUUAUUUAAAAUUUUGUUGUUUAACUAGUGUACCCAAAAGCCUGUAAAGCCUAAAUGAAAACUCUAAACUUCAGGAAAUUACUUUACCUAACUUUAUUGUCCUUAAAAGGCAAUUUUUAAUGUAGACAACAGUAUACAUGCACAUACAGCAGCAACACUACACAAAAAACACAUUUAUAAUAAGUCAUUUAAAAACAUGAUUGCAGUAGGUACAAGGAAUUAUUGUAUCUAUUUGCACAAAGGGAGUUAAGACCAGAAGGAAGCAGUUGAAAUUCAUUACACAAUGGAUGGGUGACAUCAGAAAGGACUAACUGGCCCUUCUUAGUCACCUUAUAUUCAUAAAUUUGUGUGAUAGUCCUUUAAUCAGUCCCCAUCUUACUGCACAUUUUAACUAUGCUGUUCAACUUACCCCUGUUCUUUACAUUCAGAUUGCCAUACCAACAAAUAAUAGAAAAACCUAAAAUAGAUUCAAUAAC